CUCUGAUAGAAAUGCUUUAGAGGAAAAUCAAGAGAGACAGAGAGACAGAGAGAGAAUUAAUCAAGUUCAGUGUAAAGAUGACGUAUAACGUUUUUGGCAACCCCAUCACAGAUGAAACUUUGAAGGGGAUGCCAGAGUAUGCCGACAAGCAAAUAGAAAGAUUAGACAGGGCACACGUGGCGUUGAAUAUGAAAAAUGCCGUGGAGAAGGACUUCAACGCUAGAACAUAUGUGGAGAAACUGAAGGAACAGUAUGGCGACGGAGUCUCCACACUCUGCCUUGUUUACAAUGCAACUGGGGACACCAUAAGCUAUGCUAAUAAGAAAGAUUGGUAUGGGCACAUCGGGAACGCACCAUACCCACCACUGAUUGCAAAUGGUCAGUGGGGUGCGUUUCUGCACGUCAAAACUGCAGGAGCGUCUUCUGGAUCAACGGCUGCUGUUGUGUACCAAGGACUAAAUCAUGUUAGCAACGAAUGCGACUGGAUGUUGUCUUGGAGCAACCCAUGGGACAGGACUAGCUCGGACAACAAGGUCUAUACAGAUAUUCAAUUCGCUGAUAACUUUGAAACUCAAUGGAUCUUAAUCUAUGGUUUCUUGGCGAGAGGUCAAGCGUACAUGAAGAAGACAUGGCAUGGAUGCGUGUCAAUCAUGUCAACUGGCAGUGACAGUUCCCCAAUUGUUGAAGCAAUACUCACUUUAGAAAAUGCCUAAGUUUGUUUGUGCAUUUGUAAUACUUUAUUUUCUCAUAUGUGCGGGGCCUUUCAAUUAACCUGGGAUGCAUAAUAAAAUGGUGUCAACCAAAUAUUAUCCAAUGUUCUAUUACAAUAAUAGGCCUAUAGUUUGAAUUUGAAUCUUAUGGAUGAUACUAAGCUUAAUAUUGUAAUAUUUCAGAAUAACGGAAUGAAUUCUCAAUCUUUAUAUUUACAA